CGUACUUGAGUUCUUUGUAGUAGCAGGUGUGCGCUUUGCAGGUGACGGUUACUACUUUGUAAAUAACAGCCGUAAUAGCGACCAUCAGACAAUUUUUUUCACCACAGAAUCGAAACUAAGUGCUUAUUGUACCCUUACCCAUUCAUUACAGUUGUAUUAUUUAGAGAUAUUUGGAUUUUUCGCGCAGAGGAAGUCCAGGGAGUGGCUAACCAGCAUAUGGCAACAUCCCCAUUUUAAAAGGAGGCAUUUUGAAUUAGUCUAUUGUGAUCUUUUGGGUACUUUUUGUAAUCGCAGAAAACUGAAACGAUGAAUGCAAAAAUAGAGCAAUUCUUCAAAACGGUGGAGGAUGUGAAAAGUCUCAUCGACACUAUUACCACCCGCACAGAAGAAGUGGAAAGGAUACAAAAAGUAAUACUUAACAAUCAAAAUAAUGACAAAAAAAACACACAGGAGCUGGAGAAGCUGAACAAGGAAAUCAAGGAGUAUUCAAAUCAAGUUCAAGUAAAGUUGAAAUCCAUGCAGAGUGACAAGAACUGCACAGAUGAGAAUUGUCAAAGUGUUUCAGUUUUCCAGCGAAUUUACAAGAACCAGCACUCCCACCUGACACGGAGCUUUGUGGAGGUCAUGAGGAGAUAUUACAGGGCACAGACAGACUUCAGAGAGAAAUGCAAGGCACAUAUCCAGAGGCAGCUGGAGAUUGUGGAUAAAGUCACUACAGAUGAAGAGUUGGAGGAGAUGCUGAAUUGCGAUAGUCUUUCAAUUUUCAUAUCUGAUAUUAAAUGUGAAUCGAGACUCUCAAGCCAGGCUCUAAAUGAAAUUGAGUCUCGCCAUUUUGAUCUCAUGAACCUGGAGUCUAGCAUCAGGGAGUUACAUGAAAUAUUUACAGAUAUCGCUUUGCUGGUAGAAAUUCAGGGGGAAUUGAUGAACAACAUUGAAAAGAAUGUGAUGAGCGCAGCAGACUACACAGGCCGAUCCAAAACAGAGACUGAUAAAGCAAUCGAAUACAAGAAAAGCACAUUCAAGUUGGUUCCUCCAGUCUUCCUGAGGUCUUUCCGGAAACACUCCAAGACCUCUGAGCAAAGCACAAAGCUGUAGCUCAACUACGUUAUAUCUUUGUUUUUAUUAUUAUUAUUAUUAUUAUUAUUAUUAU